GUAGACGUGCGCUCAUAGGUAUAGGGUUUCAAGAACGUUCAGAGGCAUUCGACUUUCAAGUAACGUUACAAGAUCAUAUUAAACAUUUAAAAGCAGAGAAAGAAGCAAUCGAGCACGCCAAAACUUCUGCAUUGGUACCAAAAAAAGAUUAUAGCUUAAAAGAGGGUCAAACAAUUAGCAUUAAUCUCGGUCAUCAGAAAUCAAGACAUUCAAAGUCUCAAUCAAUUGAUCAUGUUCCAAUAUCUGAAGAAACUGGAGGCCAUAAAAGAUCACCAUCUCCAAGUAAUGAUUUUGGGGAAUUCAAAGGGUUCGAAGAUUCAUUUGACAAAAUAAACAUUGUCAACAAUGCAGAUAGCGUUAUUGAAGAUUCAAGUAAUGCCAACAAUGCAGAUAAAGUUAUUGAAGAUUCAAGUAAUGUCAACAAUACAGAUAGCGUUAUUGAAGAUUCAAGUAAUGAGAAAACAUCUAUUCAAUAA